GGUAAUACUUCGUUGGUUUGAUCGUCCCGUCCUCGACCAUGGUAUCCACCGCAGUAGUCUCCGUCGACUUGCGGUAGGUGAGGAGGGCAAAGCACCGCACCACCAGAGCGCGCGCGCGCGAGCCUUGGCCCGUUGGCCGCAGGUCGGCGCCACAGCAAUGGAAGGAGAAGCGGUGGGGAACCGCGGGCGCCAGCUGCCGUGGCGCCGCACGGUGGCCGUGCAGGCCGCGCUGUGCCUCGCGCUCUACGCGGCCUUCAGCAUCGGCGAGCCGCAGCUCUUCCCGCGGGGCGGAGAAGGGGGCGGGGUGGACGCGCUGGGGCAGGGCGCGCGCGGCGGAGGCGGCGUCGCCUUCCUCAGCGUCGCCGGCGGCGCGCGGGCGACCGCCGACCAGGCCAGGCUGCUGAGGCAGAUGGAGGCUGUUGCAAAGGUUUAUGAGGUCAAGUUUGUGCUGGAUAUUGCUCAAUCUAGAGAGAAUGACCCACUUUGGCAAAAUGGUUCCAUGUACUUCCAAGCUCUGAAUAUCCCCUGGUAUUCCACCACGUCAUCACAUGGGCGGAUACUUGGUAACUUUUUGAAGAAAGUGAGUAUGUCACACGAUCAGGUUCUAGAUGUCAUUGCUCUGGACACUGGGGUUCUGCAGGAACCUCUACAUGAUGGAAAAAUAAGCACUUCGUAUAGGGAACAAACUAAAUGGUUGGAGCGAUCACUGGCGCUCACCAGUGGUAAUUGGAAAGUAGUUGUUGGAUAUGAUCCAUUAGUUGUUUGCAAUGAGGCAGAAGCACCAGAAAUAAUGAAAUUCUACGAACCAUUUCAGCGUAUUUUUGCAAAAUAUGAAGUGGACGCAUACAUUAGCACGGGUGGGUUUUGUGGAUACUUCCACCGUGACAAUUCAAUGUUGCACAUUGGACAUCCCAGACCUGGUGGUGACCAUACAACGGUAGAUGGUUUCUUCUUGCACAGGGUUACACCCCUAGAGAUGGAGUCGGUGUUGAUAAAUGUAGAAGGCAAGGUGGUUCAGAGAUCUGUUGCCCACCAGCAUGGGACGGGAGCCAUGUGAUCAAAACUCGCAACUUUCAGUCUCUGUUCCGUUCCGUCGUAGCGCAGAACGGAGGCCACGUAAAGCCAUAUGGGAUUCAUUCAGUUUUGAAACUGUACUGGGAUGCACGACACAUUUCUUUUGUUUGCCUAUUUCAACAUAUAUUUGGCUUUUGCAAGCAAUUUUUAGCAAA